AUGAGUCCUCUGCUGCUGCUGUUGACGGUGUGUUUCCUCAGUGUCGGAGCUCCGUCUCCGUUGGAGGAGAUGAAGGUGGAGAUGAAGGAACAGGAGCGGCUCUUCCUCAGCGCCCUGGGCCUCAACGAGCGGCCUCGGCCCACAGCAGCAGCCCGGCAGACCGCCAGGCGCCGCGUCCCCUCCGCGCUCUGGAGGAUGUUCCGGAGGUCCGACGGCGAGCCGGAGGAAGACGGCGAGUCGUGCACGGUGUCCCAGUACGGAGUCCGAGGCAACAUCAUCCGCUUUGUGCAGGACCAAGGCGGGAUGGCCGAACUGAGCAGCAGCUGUCAGGCCUGUAUGGAGAAGCAGCUCUACUUCAACAUGUCCGUCCUGCAGCCUGUGGAGCUGCUGUCUCUGGCUCAGCUGGAGGUCACCUUCCACUGGAAGCCCCUCCGACCCGCCGAGCUUUUGCAUAGCUACCCGGCCGUCGGCGUGUCUCUGUACACGGUGUCCCCAACCACGCUGAAGGGUGUCAGGCCUCAGGCCAACCGCAGACUCCUGCUGUCCCGGUCGGUGCAGCUGCAGCUGGAGCCCAUCUCAGUCAAGCUGGACCUCACGUCUUUGGCAGAAAGAUGGCGCAAACCAGGACACAACUACGGUUUGUUUUUAGAGCUGCUGACCCCCACCACGGAUCUGGACGAGCUGCUACCUUUCUACUCCAGUAACUUGCUCCCAAUGGAUAGAACCGUCAUCCUGCCGCUGGUCCAGGCCUCGCUGGUCGCUGUGUCCCUCAACCCCCACCAGUGUCGCCCCCGGCAAAGGAGAAGCACCUUCAACACCCCGGUGACGCCCAGCAAUGUGUGCAAGGCCCGCCGCCUCUACGUCAACUUCAGGGAUGUGGGCUGGCAGGACUGGAUCAUUGCCCCGCACGGCUACAUGGCCAACUACUGCCACGGCGAGUGUCCCUUCCCACUCAGCGAGAGCCUUAACGGCACCAACCACGCCAUCCUGCAGACCCUGGUGCACUCCCUGGACCCGACUGGCACGCCUCAGCCCUGCUGCGUCCCCAUCCGCCUGUCCGCCAUCUCCAUGCUCUACUACGACAACAACGACAACGUGGUGCUCCGGCAUUACCAGGACAUGGUGGUGGAUGAGUGCGGAUGUCGUUGA